AUGGUUAAGGAACACGGUUGGUAUCCAUAUGAAUUUCAAUCUGGCACAACAGUUGCAGUUGCCGGUGAUGAUUACGUCGUUGUUGCAAGUGACACACGUUUAACUGAAAACCAUGCUAUCUUAUCUCGUACACAUAGCAAUGUGUACAAAAUGCACAACAAUUCUUUACUUUUAUCAACAGGUUUUCUCGGUGAUGUUCUUACAUUGAAGAAAACAUUGGAAGGUCGUAUUAAAACGUAUGAAUAUACACAUAACAAACCAAUAUCAACACCUGCUUUAGCUCAGAUGAUUUCAAUUAUGAUGUAUGGUCGACGCUUUUUUCCUUACUAUACAAAUACUGUUAUUACUGGUUUGGAUACUGACGGUAAAGGAUGUGUGUUCGCCUUCGAUCCCGUUGGUUCCAUGACACAACAACUUUACGCAUGUGAAGGUAGCGCUAUGCCACUUAUUUUACCUAUCCUUGAUGCGCAUAUUCUUGGUAAGAAUACCUCGAAACCAGGUCCAGUUAAACGUACAAAGGAAGAAACAGUUAAAAUGAUUAAGGAUAUUUAUAUGGCUGCUUGUGAACGUAAUGUUGAACUUGGUGAUGGUGUUGUGAUCCAUGUAUUAACAAAAGACAAAGGAAUUGAAACAGAUGUUCAUCCAUUACAUAUGCCUUUCAUUGAGGACUGGAUUACGCAUCCGAUGACAAUCAUCAAUCGGUUGCAUGAAAAAUCACCAGCAACAUUUGAACAGGACGUUCAAGCUUACUUUCGAACAAAUAUCGAUAAUCCAGAAUUGUACAAAGAAAUUCCAUCAUUGAAUGAUCGAGAAAGUGAACAUCCAUUACCUUCAGGCUGUCUCGUACGUUAUCGAGCAAUGAUCCAAGAUAUGGGGGAUGACGAAAUCUAUUGCACACAUUACAAAGUUCGUUCGAAUGAUCAUCAACAAGUCGAAGUGGAAAAAUCGGCCAAGUACACUGAUUUAUUUAUUUGUCCACCGGGAUAUACUGUUAUUGAUCAGGAGCCUCCACGAGAAAAAUUCAGUUCGCGUCAAUGUUUUUCAUGCAUUCCUGUCCCCAAUGAAACACAGUGGGUUAAAGAAGGUUAUCGAGCUCAUUUUGGAGAGGAGUUUACAAUGCAAAAAAGAUCAUUUGAUGAUUACAGUAAUAUUCAACAGUUAUUAUCACCCAUGAAACGUUUGAAAACAACAGCGCCAAUGGAAACAAGUAGUGAAAGCAGUGAAACAACAGUCAAAACAGAACCAGUGGAAGCUAUUUCAAAACCUGAAUAUAUUGUCAAAGUAUAUGACUCAUCAGAAGAUAUUUUAUUGAACACAAUGGUUGAAUUUAUUGGUAUUUAUUACGAUCACGGUGUAGUCAAAGCUGACAGUUUACAAUCAGCAAACGAAACGGAUCAAGAUCAGUCUUUACCACGAAAAACAAUUCAUUGUAUUCAAUACAAGAAAUUGUCUCAUAUCAAUCCACUUCUUCAUUACCAACCCACACUUGAAUUAAACCAAAUACAAAUGGCUCGUCAGUGUCUCCUCUCAUUAUUUGAAUCGAUUUUUCCCAAUGACAAACUUCUCUGUGAAUAUUUACUUCUACAUCUCAUUUCGCGCACAUACGUUCGUCAACCAUCAUCGGCGUAUGGCAAAUUAUCAUUAAAUAUUUCUCAUGUAUCAUCUGAACAAUUGCAAACGCUUCAACAAUUACUGCAAACUAUUCUCUCGCUUCAUUCGACGUUAUCAAUUACCGUGCAAACACUAAACACGACGCAACUAAUGCCGAAUAAAAAUGUGGCUAAAGACGAUGAAAACGACAACUUUCUAAUGCAAACUCCACUUCAAUUACCAUUUAACUCGCAUUUGCUCAUCGAUGAAACUAAAAUGGAAUGUGGACAAUUAACUACACUAGGUCUGAAUAAUAUCAAACUUCUUCAAGAUCUUCUUCGUCAACAAACAUUGAAAUAUGAAUUUCAUAUAUAUCAACUCGAUUAUGAUUGUGACAUUCGAUGUUUAAUCGUUUCAUCGACGAAAUCCGUUCUACCCUGUGAUGUUUACAUUCGUUAUCAAACUGAUCAAGAAGUCGAUCAAAUCACAUUUCCAAAUCUUUCUAAAGAGCAGAUUGAUAACAUACGUCGAUAUUUAACUUAUAUUGGUCAACAACUCGAACUUGAUCAGACAAUCAACCAAGCAUCGUCAGAUAUCAAUACUUACAUUCAAGAAGAUUUUGUUAAUAUGCGAAAACAGAAAUUAUUGACAAAUCUCGAUGAUUUUCAUCUUUUACUUGUAUUAGCAAGAUUGGAAACAUUAUCUCAUGGUGAAAAUAUUUUGACUGAAACUCAUUGGAAUCAGGCGAAGAGUUUGGAAUUUACACGACGCCAACGUAUGAAUGUUUAG